ACAAUUAAACAAACAAACCGUACAUAGCGCGACACCUACCGACGAAACAUCAAACGAAAAUCCAUAGUGCUAACAACCUUCGUUCGGAAAUCUAACCACAAAUUGCUGACGAUUUACGAAUCAGACUAUUACACAUCGAAAACACCUCCCCAACAAUGGCGAACUACAGCGAGGACCAGAUGGCCGAAUUCCAGGAGGCUUUCCAGCUGUUUGACAGUCGCGGCGAUGGCAAAAUCCAUGUUUCGCAGAUUGGAGAUGCACUCCGAGCCCUUGGGCAGAAUCCCACAGAGUCGGAUGUCAAAAAGUACACAUUCCAACAUAAAUCUGAUGAACGCGUCUCCUUCGAAGUCUUUCUACCCAUUUACCAGCAAAUCUCUAAAGGAAGAAUCCCGGACACCGCUGAUGAUUUCAUCGAAGGCCUACGUCAUUUUGACAAAGACGGCAACGGCUACAUUAGUUCUGCCGAGCUGAGGCAUUUGUUGAGCACACUCGGUGAAAAACUCACCGACGACGAAGUUGAGCAACUUCUCCAAGGACAGGAGGAUUCGCAGGGCAAUGUCAACUACGAAGACUUUGUCCGUUUGAUCAUGUCGGGUUGAUUAUACGCAUUGAAAACUAAUCAAAAACUUCACCCAACCCAUGCCAGGCUGAUACAUUAUUUGACUUAAAUUGUUGUAUUUAUUCAUCGCGGGGAUUUUUUAAGCUAAGUUGGUGAACAUUGUACUUAGACAUGUUUGAUUUUAAUAAGUGCCUUCUUUCUACCACUGUCGGCCAUAGAGCGCGACGCCAUUGCUUGCAACGCUUUUUUUAAAUUUUCAUUCCAAUAAAUCUGUGCAUUUAUUUACUUAGAUAAAGUUUUUAUGGGACAUGACUGUUAUACAAUUUUUUUCGGUGUAUUAAAAUAUUAGAUAAUAAAAACUAUAUAUCUAUGCGAA